ACCAACAAUAAAGCAUCAACCUGAAUAACCAAAAAGUUUUUCCCCAAAGUCAAUAGUAAAAGAUACGGAUUCUGUUUUUUCCCCUACCCUGUUUGAACGCUGAUUUCUCAGUAACCUGAACUCCGAGAAAGUUCGAAUUUUUUGCGAUAGUUUUUUAAUCAUGGCUUUCAUCCUAUGUGAAAAUUUUCUUCAGAAAACGUUUAGUUUGGCCACAAUCUUCCGUCAAAGAUAAUACACUUUUGUAAUGUAGUUUUGUUCUAACUCAUACUUGUUUUUAAACUGUUUAUGGCUCGUUAAGAAGAUUGAAACUCUUGCUAUUUAAAGACAGAACAAGAAGAUUCAAUUUGUCAGUUCCCUUCAUCUUGAUCUUUCUCUCGUCAAACUUAAAAUGACUUUAUCUGUAUCUAUUUUGUUGCUUUCAAUACCCAUCAUUUCAAAUGGAUUCUCGUUGUCUCAUGAAAAGUUACAAUCGACUGCCCAAUAUUAUGACAAUGAAUUGACUUAUCAGGUCUGUGGUCGCGAUACUACCCCAGGAAAAGUGCCAUUCUACGCUUCUAUAGAAUUGCAAAAUCAAAAAUGGCAUUACAAAUAUUGUAGUGGUGUUUUGAUUGCAAAUCGAUGGGUCUUGACUUUGGGCUAUUGUAAACUCGGUUCUCGUGGAUCCAUACGAGUUGAUUUAGGUGACGAAUGGAACAACAAAACCAUUGCAGUUGAAAAAAUUUACAUGCAUCCUGAUUUCAAUCAAGAGAAAAACAAUAUCGCCCUUCUAUUAUUGAAAGAACCAGUUCAGUUCAGUAGGAAUAUUCAACCAAUUUGUUUACCAGAACCUGGACAAGAUGAAACUUUUUAUGGUCGCUAUGGGAAGGUUACUGGCUUCAAAAAACUAGAUCCAUGGGAGAGAAAAUUACCUUCAAAUAUGCAAAUAACCACUUCGCCGAUAAUUAGAUCCGAUGAUUGUGGUGAUUCAUACGCAAAAGUUGGGUGGAACAAAUCAAUCACUGAGUCGUUUAUGUGUGCUGGUUACUCUAAUGAUGUAAAAGAUGUAUUUAUUCCUCAUCUUGGCAAUUCAUUGAUGGUCAACGUUGAAAACAAUUGGAUACUCGCUGGAAUUUCAAUGUAUAAUGUACCUUGUCAGGAUGCUGUAUCACCCCGCAUUUAUCGUACAAGAUUCGUUAGAGUAGGAUUUUACUUGGACUGGAUUAAAAGAACAGUUUACUAAUUAUUACAUUUUUAACUUCUAUUUAUUAAAUGUAUUUUGAAAUUAUUUAAGUUUUCACCCUUUUUCUUUGGUGCAAUAAAUAUUAUUUUAAUGU